AUGAACUUACAGGAUGUGAUAGAGUACCGACGUAAAGUGCGUACGCUAAAAGUGCGUAUGUUGGACGGUACUGUCAAGACCCUGCUAGUGGACGACUCCCAACCAGUGUCUCAGUUAAUGGUGGUUAUCUGCACCGAAAAUUGGUAUGUUGGAAUAAUGAAUCACGAUGAGUAUUCAUUAGUAUACGAAAUUGAGCAAGAGGACAUUGAAAAUAAACCAAACUUCGGAACACUGACACUGAAGAAGAAGAAAGACGGAGACAAGGAACGUGACGCAAAGAUGGAGCAACUUAAGAAGAAGUUACGCACCGAUGAUGAGAUUAACUGGUCGACCACAGCAGACCUUGAGAGAGCAGGCAUUGAUGAGCUGAUAAUAUUACUGCCGAGAAAAUAUUUCUUCUCGGAUCAAAACAUCGAUUCCAGAGAUCCGGUUCAGUUGGGUCUGCUGUAUGUUCAGUGCCGGGACGCCAUCAUUGACGGAACUCAUCCGGUGACAUUAGAACGUGCUUGUAGGUUUGCUGGCAUCCAGUGUCAGAUACAAUUUGGUGAUCACGUUGAAGCUAAGCAUAAGGCUGGCUUCCUCGACCUCAAAGAAUUCCUGCCUCAGAGUUAUGUUAGAACGAAGGGUAUUGAGAAGAAGAUUUUCCACGAGCACAAACUCCAUGCUGGUCUCAAUGAGCUGGAUGCUAAGGUUGUUUAUGUUGGUGAGGCACGAUCCUUAAAAACCUACGGAGUGACAUUCUUCCUGGUGAAGGAGAAAAUGAAGGGUAAAAACAAGUUAGUGCCUCGACUACUGGGAGUGACAAAGGACUCAGUGUUGCGCCUUGAUGAGAAGACUAAGGAGAUCUUGAAGACGUGGCCACUCACUACUGUCAGGAGAUGGGCAGCAUCACCCAACACUUUCACCUUGGACUUUGGCGAUUACUCCGACCAGUAUUAUUCUGUCCAAACUACUGAAGGUGAACCAAUUGCCCAGCUGAUUGCUGGCUAUAUUGACAUUAUCCUUAAGAAGCAGCGUGCCAAAGAUCACAUAGGAAUUGAGGGAGAUGAUGGGUCAGCGAUGGUGGAAGAUAUGGUGUCACCUAUCAAGGCCAGUAUCCUGCAGCAUGGAGACACAGGAGGAGGAGCCAGGCAUGUGGAGGAAGAGUCAAUUGCCAAACCUGCGGUUAUGAGGCCUGGAGUCAACGGCGCCCAGAACUUCGGUACAGGCUCCAUGCCAGGAGUGCAGUCUGUAGCUGUUGUGGGGCAGAUCAACCUUGCCCACCAGCCUCCCACAGCUAAACACCCUCAAGUAACAAGCGUUCUUAGCAAACCACAAAAAGCUCUUGUCACCACAAUUGAAACUGGUCACUUGAUAAUUGGUGAAUGUACACAAAGUUUGGAGACAAAGGCUGAGCUUCCUGAGCUGGGCACAGACCCAGCAUCCAUCAAGUGGAAGCAGGUGACCCUCGACUCCAACAAGCAGACUGUUACAAGUCAGAUCGCAGCCAUGAAUGCUGCCACGGCUGAAGUGGUCACACUGACCUCCUCUGUACAUGAAGAAGUUGAUCACACUGCUGUAGGUGCCGCCAUUCAUACUAUUACUUCUAACCUGCCGGAAAUGACGAAGGGCGUUCGCAUGAUUGCUGCUCUUCUGGAAACUGAAAAUGAGUCGGAUAAACUGUUAGGUGCAGCCAGAGUUCUCUGCAAUGCCUUCUCUGACUUGCUGAUUGCUGCUGAGCCUGAGAGAAAGGAACCUCGUCAGGGAUUGCUGACGGCCGCUUCUCAAGUCGGAGAGGCUUCCAAUGUUGUUCUUCACACCGUUGAUGCUCACCUUGAUCAUGAAACUCAAGAUAUUCUCCUUGGACUGGCUAAGGCUGUUGCAAACACAACUGCAGCUCUUAUUCUCAAAGCUAAGGCUGUUGCUUCACACUGUGAGGAUCAAGAGCUUCAGAAUAUUGUUAUAAAUUCUGCCACUGCAUGUGCUCUAGCAACCUCCCAACUGGUGGCUUGUGCAAAAGUUGUAGCUCCCACCAUCGACAGUCCUGCAUGCCAGAGUCAGCUUAUCGAAGCUGCAAAGGAAGUUGGUCGAGCAGUUGAAUGCAUGGUGCAGGUGUGCCAGCGUGCAACACAAGAUGACAUACUACUCCGUGACCUCUCCCAGGCAGCAGCCGAAGUCACACGAGCUCUCAACGAUCUUCUGAACCACAUCAAGACUGCUGGGGAGCAAAGAGGCCGUCUCACCGUCCACGACGAAUCUGUGGAAACUAUUCUUAUCUCAAGUGAAAAGUUAUUUGCCUCUCAGGGUAAUGCAUCAGAAAUGGUUAGACAGGCUAAGAUCUUGGCUCAGGCCACUUCACACCUCAUACAAUCUAUUAAAUUUGAAGCAGAAUCCCAAGAAGAUCCAGAUCUGCAGAACAGAUUAUUAGCGGCAGCCAAACAGCUUGCUGAUGCUACUGCAAAAAUGGUCGAGGCUGCUAAGCAGUGUGCUUCACAUCCUAAUGAUGAAAAUCACCAAGUAUUACUUAGAGAAGCUGCAGAAAAUGUUAGAGUUGCAACCAAUGCUGCUGCAGCUAACGCACUGAAGAAAAAGAUUAUUAAGCGCCUGGAAAAUGCUGCUAAGCAUGCUGCUGCCACAGGCACACAGUGUAUGGCUGCUGCUCAAGGUGCUGGCCCACAUAACAGUAGUCCAGCUACUCAAGAUGAACUAAUAUCUGACUGCAAGUCAGUGGCAGAUGUAAUUCCUCGCCUUGUGGAGGGUGUAAAGGGUACUAUCAAUAAUCCAGAUUCACCACGCUCUCAGCUGGCCCUUAUCAAUUCAUGCAACCAGUUCCUACAACCUGGUACAAAAAUGGUGGCCUCUGUGAAAGCUGCUUUGCCUACCAUCUCAGAUCAAGCUUCUGCUCUUCAACUCAACAAUUCUUCCAAGCAGUUUGGCCAAGCUUUGGUUGACCUUAGAUCUGCAAUUGGGAAAGCCCAAGAAGCAUGUGGGUCAUUAGAAAUUGAUUCUGCACUAGAUGCUAUUCAGGGUCUCAGUGAUGACCUCAGUGACCUUGGGAAAGCUGCCAAAGCUGGCACUUUGCGACCUCUGCCCGGUGAGACGCCAGAGAAUGCCGCACAGCAACUUACAAACUCUAGUAAGACUGUGGGCUCCACUAUGGCACAGUUACUGACAUCAUCUUCCCAAGGUAACCAGCACUUCACCGGCUUGGCUUCCCGCGAUACCGCACAAGCCCUUAAAGAAUUUUCUAAUGCUGUUCGGGGUGUUGUUGCCACAUCCUCCGAUCACACUCUUAGAUAUCGUCUGAUUGAAGCUGCACGAGAGGUAAUGAUAAAGUCGUCAGAGCUGAUUGAGGAAGCUCGUGUAGUCGUGCAGGGACCUCAGAGUGCCGCUUCACAACAGAAGCUUGCUCAGGUGGCUAAAGGUGUAUCUCAAGCUCUUAAUAUGACAGUUAACUGCCUACCUGGUCAGAAAGAUGUCGAUGAUGCUAUAAUGAGUAUUACUGAUUCAACCAACGAUUUGGAUGCUGGCAGGUUCCCACGUAGCUCAAAGCCAUAUGGUGAAUUACAGUCUGAACUGAGCAAUGCUGCUGCUGAACUCAACAGUGUUACUUCAGAAGUGGUGACAUCGGCUCGCAUGUCUACACAACAUUUGGCAACAUCGUCUAAAAAAUUCUCAGGAGCAUUUGGCAGUUUGAUGGGCGUUGGCAUGGAGAUGGCUGGCACCGCUCAAGAUCGUGAAGUACAGGGACAGAUAGUUGUUAGCUUGAAGAGUGUGUCAAUGUCUUCAUCAAAACUGUUAGUAUCUGCCAAGACAGUUUCUGCCGAUCCUAAUGCCCCUAAUGCCAAGAAUCAGUUGGCAAGUGCUGCCCGAGCUGUUACAGACUCCAUCAACAAUCUCAUUAAUGUGUGUACAUCUGCUGCUCCCGGGCAGAAGGAGUGUGAUAAUGCUGUCCGGGCUAUUCAGUCAAUGAAACCUCUUCUUGACCAUCCAUCUGAGUCUGUUACAGAUAUGUCUUACUUUGAGUGCUUGGAUACAGUCAUGGAUCGCUCCAAGAGUUUAGGAGAUGCUAUGACUGGCAUUGCUAACCAUGCAAAGAAACUGGAACAUGACAAAUUUGGGUUUGCUGUAAAAGACGUGAGCAAUGCUAUAUGUGGACUGGUUGAGAGUGCUGCUCAGGCAGCUUAUCUUGUUGGUGUUUCUGAUUCAUCAAGUGUUGCUGGCCGUCCGGGAUUAGUUGAUCAGUCGCAGUUUGCUCGUGCAAAUCAGGCUAUCGUCAAUGCUUGCCAAACACUCACCGAUUCCAACAGCAAUCAGCAGCAGGUUCUUAGUGCAGCAACAAUCAUUGCUAAGCACACCAGUGCGUUAUGCAACAGCUGCCGUGUUGCAUCUGCCAAGACCAACAAUGUUGUGGCCAAGCGUCAUUUUGUGCAAUCUGCCAAGGAUGUUGCAAAUGCAACUGCUCACCUGGUUAAAGAAAUUAAGACAUUGGACCAGGAUUACAGUGACGUGAACCGUGCCCGCUGCAGUGCUGCCACCAAGCCACUCCUGGAAGCUGUAGAUAAUCUCUGCACCUUUGCAAGCUCUCCAGACUUCGCAUCAGUUCCUGCCAAGAUUUCUGCCAAGGCUCGUGAAUCUCAAGUGCCAAUCACAUCCGCAGGAAAAGCAAUCAUCAAUGGAUCUUGCUCGAUGAUUGAGUCGGCCAAGAGCCUGGCGGUCAAUCCCAAGGAUCCACCUACUUGGCAGUCACUGGCUAGCCACAGCAAAAGUGUUUCUGACAGUAUUAAAAGCUUAGUGGCAUCCAUCAGGGAUAAAGCACCAGGACAAAAGGAAUGUGACGAAGCCAUUGAGAAGCUUAACAUGAAUAUAAGAGACUUAGACCAAGCGUCUCUCUCCGUCUUGGACCAGAACCUUCAACAACAUAGUGAAAACACACUCCAGGGUUAUAACGAACAAGUCGAGAACGCAGGUCAGGCUCUGCAAAUGAACAUCGACAAGGUUCGAAAUGCUGCCAAGAGCGAAGCAGAACACCUCGGUCAUGCCAUCACCCAAAUGUCCAGUUACUUCGACCCCAUGGUUACUGCUUCCAUCUGCUCGGCAUCAAAUAUGCUCAACAGUAAGCAGCAGAUGUGUCUGCUGGAUCAAACAAAAACGGUGGCAGAAUGCGCCUUGCAGUUAGUAUAUGCAUCCAAGGAGGCUGGCGGCAACCCUAAAGCCACGCACGCUCACCCGGAUGUUGAUGAUGCGGCUGACACCAUGAAGGAGACAUUACAGGAGCUACUGCUGACUGUGGAGACUAUUGCAACAGAGGCUGGUGUUGUCUCAGGUUUGGUUGAAUCAAUCACUACAGCAAUGCAUCACAUUGACAGUCCAUCCAGAGUACCAUCAGAAAAUAGCGACAGUUUUGUCGACUAUCAAACACGUAUGGUCACAGCUGCCAAAGAAAUCGCACGACUUGCUCAAGAUAUGGUGGGCAAGGCCACAACAGAUGCUUCGCAGCUAGGAAAUCUUGGUGCUAGCGUGUCUCACCAGUACGGUUCUCUCUCCUCUGACUCUGCUGGGGCUAUACGACAAACCACAAACGUUGAAGUCGGAAGCCGAUUACGUAGCAGUGUUCAUGAGCUGGGUCAGGCAUGUAUUGAGCUGGUGAAGGCCGGAGGAUCUUGCCAGGCUGCUCCAAAUGACACCUUCAGUCAGAGAGAUUUGUCCGAGUCUGCUCGUCAAGUUAAAGAGAAGGCAUCACAUGUUUUGGCUGCCCUCCAAGCCGGCUCCCGGGGCACUCAAGCGUGUAUCAAUGCUGCAUCAACUGUCUCUGGCAUCAUUGGUGAUUUAGAUACAACUAUUAUGUUCGCUACUGCUGGCACACUUAAUGCAGAGAAAGAAGGCGAAAACUUCUCCGAUCACCGCGAAUACAUUCUGAAAACUGCUAAGGCUUUGGUAGAGGAUACCAAGACACUUGUGGCUGGGGCAGCAUCCUCACAAGAACAGUUGGCCGUUGCUGCUCAGAAUGCAGUAUCAACAAUAGUGCAACUGUCAGAUAUUGUGAAAAGUGGAGCCUCUUCACUAGGCGCCAACAACCCCGAACCUCAGGUGAUGUUAUUGAAUGCAGUGAAAGAUGUUGCAAUGGCUCUGGGAGAUCUGAUUCAUGCCACCAAGGCUGCUUCUGGCAAGUCCCUCAAUGAUCCUGCAAUGACCUCUCUCAAGGAGUCAGCAAAGGUUAUGGUGACCAAUGUGACAUCGCUCUUGAAGACAGUAAAGGCUGUAGAGGACGAACACACACGAGGAACGAGAGCUCUGGAAGCCACUAUUGAGGCCAUUGCUCAAGAAAUUAGGGCCUUUGAUUCUGAUGAAGCGCCAAAGACCAAAGCAACUCCUGAAGAUUUAGUCCGCUGCACCAAACCCAUAACCCACGCUACUGCCAAGGCUGUGGGCGCCGGCAACAGUCUCAAACAAGAGGAUGUUAUUGUAACUGCUAAUAUGGGCAGGAAAGCCAUUUCUGACAUGCUCACAACCUGCAAGGCUGCAGCUUGGUGCGCUGAUACCAUUGAACUUCGAUCAAAGGUGAUGACCGCUGGACAUAAUUUGGCUGUACAGUACCGAGAGCUACUCCAGAUGGUCAUGCACCUUCUACACAAGUCAAGCCCAGAAGCUCGCAACGCUCUAAGCACAGUGUCUCGAAAGAUCGCCCAGUGUGUCACAGACUUGGUCGCGACAACUGAACCACUAAAGGCCCACUUCAAAUGGCACGAGGCAGGCGUGAGUCCACCCAGUGGUCACGAUUUGGAAGAUCCCGAUGACCCGACAGUCAUUGCUGAGAACGAGCUGAUCAGUGCUGCUAACUCGAUCGAUGCCGCAGCUCGUAAGCUGAUGGUGCUGCGCCCUCGCCGAGCUGAAACAAAGGAAGUUGACGAGUCGAUGAACUUCGACGAGAUUAUCUUGGAAGCUUGCAAGUCCAUUGCUGCUGCAACCGGAGCAUUAGUGAAAGCUGCAUCCACAGCACAGAGAGAGCUCGUCGAUUCUGGGCGUGUGCGUCGCCGGCCUACAGCUGCCUCAGAUGAUGGCCAGUGGUCAGAGGGCUUAGUGUCUGCUGCUCGUCUUGUGGCAGCUGCAACACAUUCCCUCUGUGAGGCUGCCAAUGCAUUGGUUCAAGGACAGGCUAGCGAGGAAAAACUGAUCUCAGCUGCUAAGCAAGUUGCUGGCUCAACUGCACAAUUGUUAGUGGCUUGCAAGGUGAAGGCAGAUCCUGAUUCCAGUGCGACAAAGCGCCUCCAAGCAGCUGGCAAUGCUGUAAAACGUGCCACUGACAAUUUAGUACGGGCUGCCCAACAAGCAAUUGAAAAUGAAGAUGAGGUCACAGUGGUUGUACCAAGUCGUAAGGUUCCUAACAUGUCUCAGAUUAUAGAUGCCCGAGCAAGAUUCUACGAACUACAGAGACAAGCAGAUUUAGCACGGGAAACACUGAAAAUUCUUCAAAUCAGCCAAUAUAAGGAUGGCAGUGAAUCAGGACUGUCUGAUACAGAUCUCUCUGGAUACGAUUCCUCCUCAAAGUAUGACUCGUCAUAUGAAAAAUCAGGAGUAAUCACUUCUACCCGUGCUAUUAAGGUGAACUACAAGCCAGAACCCCCACGCACCCAGGUUCUGAAUCAGUCAUAUACAACAACAUUCAACACCACUCCUAAUCAUUCCCACCUGACUUCCUCUCAGAUCACCCAUACUAUUAAACAGUCACCAAACCAGGCAAAUGGAAGAACAGCAUCGGCUAACACUUCGUUGAAUCAGUCGAGAGUGAGCGACGGUGGUGCGGAGUUCGACGAUGGACCGACUUUUAAGGAAGCACUGCGAACGUUCCAGAAGGAUGGAACCUCAGUCACCACAUCUUCCAAUGUCUUAAACAGAUCCAGCAGAACAAUCACAGAGUCCAAGCAGGUCCUCUCAAGCUCCACACAACAGAUUGAACGCACAAUGCACAUGACCAGCUCCAAUAAAAGCUACCACGUAGAAGAGAGUUGAAAAGAUAGUAUACGCAUUUACUACUUUAGAAGUUAUAAUGUAGAUUUAGUCAAAACUUGCCUAGUUAAUAUCUAGACACAAUCAGUGUUGUCUCAGAGGGUUAUAUUUUGUGUAGAUGAAUGUUUAACUUACAUAUUACAUAUAUAUCAACAUAUAUACUGGUGCAGUAACUAGAAGUUCUGUCAGGCUUUAUGUUGCUUACACUCAAAUGCUUUUUUUUUAUGCAUUAAAGAUAGAUAACCCAGUUGGUAAUGGUCUUGGGACUUAUGGUGCCUUGAAGUGUCCAUCCAGAAAUACCCAGCCCAGGUAUAUAUAAUUGGGACCUCUGCCUUAAUACUGGAAAAAGUAUUCCCUGUAAGUAUCAGGAAUGGCUUUUUUAAUGUCAUCAUAAUGCUUUAAAUCAAAUUAAAUUGUUUAUGUAAGGAUAAUUCACAUUAUAAGAAUUUGCAAUUAAAGUUAAUAUAUAUAAUUUUUAUUGAAUAUGUUUUCUUUGAAAAUCAUUUUUUUAAAGAGUAUAAAUUGGAAUGUUUUUAGAUUCCACUGUUUACCCUUUAAUAUAUUUACCAUAGAUGUAAAUGAUUAACAGUUAAUUUGCUUUCAAUUUUUUUUUUAACAUAUUGGUGCUGAUAGUUUUGUUCAUAUAAUAGUCAUAUUAAACAUAUCAUGAUGUACAGUUGUAUUGUCUGCCACUGUAAUGUAGCUUAGUACAAAGAAGGUCGACUGGAGAAAGGGAGAACUGUAUUAUUGCAAGAGAACCACAAAUAUUUUUCAUACGUUCACGAGAAAGCACAAAACCCACGGAUUUUUAACGUAACUUGGAAUAUUUAAUUUUAUUCGUAUCAAACAACAGUUGGCCACUUGAGAGAGCAUUAACGAGCACGGCUCAACGAAAUUGAUUUACUCUCCCUCUUUCUCCACUCCCCUACCACCUUCUUCUUGCGAGCCCACUCCAGUUAAUCCGUCGCAAAUGAUAUAGUGCCUAGGGUCAUGAGAUCCUUGCAUCUUACCAUCUAAUGUGUAACAUAAUAAAAGUGUUUAAAUUUU